GGUUCAUGGGGACAAGUGCCAGCUAGGAGGAGUACUGACAACCAUUACAACACCAGGCAACUGAAAUUCCGUUUAGAUAAAUAUCAAGUGAUAGACAAGGGGGGAAGGGAAGAAGCCCCAGAUCCACAAACAAGAUUAUGUACUGAGCCAGCCAUGAGCCGGCCACUCACAGCAAGGCUUGGGGCUAUUUCAGAUAGCUCAGUGUUCGUGAAAUCAUGUUUCCGAGUUACAAAGCAGAAACAAAGCAGGAAAGCCUUGUGUCACUCUUCAAAUUGGUGUCUCACCCCCUCACAGUCCCUGUGUGCCCACAGCACCUGCAUCUCUGGAAGGAUUGAGAGGAGCCAGGGAAGGUUUGGAGAAAAGCAACAAGGAGGACUGAAGACAUGGAGACAUGCCUGAAUGACUAAGUGAGCUAGAAUUUCUGUUUAGAAAAUGUGCUGUUGGGUGGAUACAAUCCAGGUCUGUAAAGCAGCCACUCCAAUGUUCAUCCACCCUUUGAUGUUUGAAGGCAAGGGAGCCCUGGUGAGGCCCUGCAUGUGGGGAGAGCUGCCACCGCCUCUCAGGAGCUCCUGAGUUGGAGGAGGAAGCGGGAUUUCACAGAAGUAAAACCCACCACGGCUACAAAACACAUAAACAUCUUGUCCCUUCCAGCUUGGAGGCCGGGGAAACAGUCGGGCAGUUAGCCCAUACCCGUGCCACAUUUAUUCUUUCCUAGCAUCUGCUUUUGCCCUCUGAUGGAGACCAGCCUUUGAGCUGGACCAGCCUCUGCUUUGACUCGAGGCACCUGCAUACCCUUGUUUUGGGAGGGCUGGUUUUUGUCUCAGCACCACAGCAGUGGUGCCCAACCGUGCACACUCAUCUGCCUUGUGAAAUGCAAGCGUGCGUCCCCAAGCUGAUGAUGGAAGGAGAUGGAAUUCCCUGCACCCUGGCCCAAGGUAGGAGGAUCCCCAAGCAGCAUGGUCAGAGUUCAGGCACGUAUAUGAAGUCUCAUGAAACAGGCAGUCUUGUAAGUGUGUCCUAUCUUCCAGCUGAGUCAUGGCCACCAAGGUUUCAUGUGACUUGCAUACCUGUGCUGGGCUUGUUCUGUGCCUGCAGAUAAACCUUGAGGGGCCCCUGGGUCAGCCUUCCUGACAGAACUCUGGUGUCACCCAGUGGGCAGGCAGACAUAGGGGAUGGCGUGAAAGGUUGGUGAGGCAAUUGGUCCUGUCCCAUCUCGGCCAUGCUUGGAGGAACUACUGACAUUAUCCCUGCAAAGUGAUCCCGUGACAAGUGGUGUCAGGAGGACACAAGGUGCUUGCCAGUGAAUCUGCUGGCAACCCUUUGGCUAUGGACUCCCAGGACACUUCUACAGCUGGUAUGGUGUAAACCAACUUUAAAAAACUGGUGUUUCUGGGUAUAAUUCCCUGGUGCCAUAGCAUGCCUACAUGGCACCAGGGAAUGGCUUGAGUGGGAAACUAAGCAUGUGCUGUGCUCAUCCUUGGCAAAGGCAGCAGGAGCAGAGGAAAAGGUGAUGUGGGGAAAGGGAGAGGUAAGGAAGUGUCCAAAGCCAGGUGACAAACGGCUGCCUCCAGGUGUGGCUGUCCUGCAGUGCAGGUUUUUCUGCAGAGGUUAGGCAGUUUUGCUGACAGCUGGCGCUGCUGUCAGCUCCCAGGGCUUGGCUGGCAGUCGGGUAGCACAUGGCCGCCGAGGGUGUCACUUAGCAGCUGUCACAGCCUUUGUGUGUCAUGAAUGGGCAAUUAAAAUUGUGCCAUCUCUUGUUUGUACCUGCUCAAAUGUUCUAGUUUAUGGUUUGUUGAGCCCGCUCUUUGUGAUCUUGCUGCUUCUGCUUACACGUCACUUCCAUGGGGUUAACACAGACUGCUCUAUGCCCAGGAACAAAAGGGAUGUCCUUAGGCCAAGGCCCCACAUGGCUCCUCCUUUUCUGUGCCCCUCAGGAUGUGCAGCCAAGCUGGUGUCUGGGCUAACCCCAGCAGACUCCUGCGGGGGGCGGCUGGAGCUGUGCUGUGCCAGCUGGAAAAGCCUCAUCUGUUCCCGUGUUCAUCGGGUAGGGCAGCUCUCCCCGAGUGCGAGCAGGGUUGCCACCUUUUGCUGGUGUUGGUUCGUGUAACCUUUUCUGUUUGUUGUAGGGUUCUUUGUAACAGCCAGCAGCUGGAAGUGUUUCCUGCUGUAAUGACUGCUGCCCUUGGCAGGCACUAUCUCUUUGUGGAAAAAAUUAGGAGGCAUUUAGCGAAGUGAGACAGAAAACAAACAGAGCAAGCAGGAGACUGUGGCCGUCAGUGCCUGCCAAGGAGGCUGGGCUCCUGACACAGGGAUGUGGGCACUCUCCGGACGGAAGCAGGAGGCAGUGGGAAAGCGCCCUGCCCCAGCACCCCCAGAGUCCUGCUCCCGACCCCCUCUGCCUCCUCCCCAGCACCCCUGGCUCCUGCCAUCUCCUCCUCAGCACUCUUCUGUCCCUCCCUUCCCUGGAUGGUUGGGCAGCAGGACCUGGGCUGUGUGCCAGCUCUGGUACCCGAUACCCCUUCUCGUCCUCCGCGGGUGCCGCUAGACCCACAGGGCUCCGGCCCCCGUGACUUCAGCCAGGGCCUGCCCCUCACCCCCGAGGGCGGGGGUGUGGAAGCAAGGGGACACUGCCUUCAAAUACUCUGAACACAGGGCUCACCCUGGCUCUGGCCUCUCUCCCAGACGGAGAGAAGCCGUAAGACUUGCUGGGACCUGUGCUGACUCUUGCCACACAAGAUGACAGCAAGAGACGGGCCCCAAGAUAGGUACAAGGCUGUCUGGCUGAUCUUCUUCAUCCUUGGCCUGGGAACGCUGCUGCCAUGGAAUUUCUUCAUGACCGCCAGGCAGUAUUUCAUCAAUCGCCUUAAGGACCCAGAGGAGACAAGCCACGUCAAGAACCAGACCAGUGAGACCACCUCCUACCUGCAGUCCGUGUUUGACAACUUCAUGACUCUCUGCGCCAUGGUGCCCCUCCUUAUCUUCACCUGCCUCAACUCCUUCAUCCACCAGCGGAUUCCCCAGCAAAUCCGCAUCUCAGGCAGCCUGGUGGCCAUUGGACUGGUGUUUUUAGUCACAGCAAUCAUGGUGAAAGUCCCCAUGGAGCCUCUUCCCUUCUUCGUCUUUACCAUGAUCAGCAUUGUCUUCAUCAACUCCUUCGGUGCCAUUCUGCAGAGCAGCCUGUUUGGGCUGGCAGGGCUCCUGCCUGCCAGCUACACAGCCCCCAUCAUGAGCGGGCAGGGUUUGGCAGGCACCUUCGCUGCUUUGGCAAUGAUCUUCAGUAUUGCCAUCGGUGCUGAGAAACCCGAGAGCUACAUCGGUUACUUCACCACGGCCUGUGUGACGAUCGUGCUGGCAGUCGUCUCCUACGUAGUUCUGCCUCACAUGGAUUUCUUCCGAUACUACUCCAUGAAGGACAAGACAGAGUACCACGUGUACAAUGCAGAGCUGGAGACCAAGAGAGACCUGAUUAAGAAAGAUGAGAAUGGGAUGGAGCAGAAUAACUCAAAGGUCAUCCCUAUCCACAACCCUGGUGAUCAGCCCUCUGUCAUUGCUAUUUUUAAGAAGCUCUGGGUCUUGGCUCUGUCUGUCUGCUUCGUCUUCACUGUCACCAUCGGCGUCUUUCCUGCCAUCACAGCUCAAGUGUCCACUGUCCUCGGAAAGGGAAACAAAUGGGGUGACUACUUCAUUCCUGUCUCCUGCUUCCUGCUCUUUAACGUCUUUGACUGGACAGGUCGGAGUCUCACUGCCCUCUUCACAUGGCCCGGGAAGGACAGCUGCCUCCUGCCAGUGAUGGUGGUCCUCCGUGUCAUCUUUGUCCCUCUUUUCAUGCUGUGCAAUGUGAAACCCCGUUCCUACCUGCCUGUUGUGUUCUUUCAUGACGCCUGGUACAUCGUCUUCAUGAUCUUCUUCUCCAUCUCCAAUGGCUACCUGGCCAGCCUUUGCAUGUGCUUCGGGCCAAAGAAAGUGCUCGCGCACGAAGCAGAAACAGCUGGAGCUGUCAUGGCGUUUUUCCUGUCACUGGGUUUGGCCCUAGGAGCUGCUGUCUCCUUUCUGGUCCGAAUUCUCAUCUAGCAGAGGCACACAGAGGGUGCAGGGACAUCAAGAAAUGGCUCCGCAUCCUCCACUGAGGCCCUGGACACCUCAGCACUGUGGAGAAAUCACAGCUCACCUGUCCCUGCCAAAUCACACUGCCACAGCAGACAUUACACCCAGGGACAGUUCCACUCCUGCAGGGUUGGCCUGGUUCUUGCCAUGCUUGGCUGUGUGAUGCCUUCAGGCCUAUGUGCCUUCUCCUUCCUCGUGCUGUGUGUGUUGUAAGACCCCCGGGAUCUCCAGAGAGGUCCAGCUGCCUCCCAUGCAGCGUAACUUCCCUGGCUCAAGGCCAAAAGCCAUUUUCAGCCUCUUUCUCUCUGACAGAGUGAAAGGCUGGUAACCAGUGUUACUCCUUCUCUUGCCCUUGUCUCCAAUGCACCUAGGAGAUUCUCUCCUCUCCUUCCAGGAGCCCUGGAAAUAUCCCACACCCCUCCUCCUGCUGGUAAGACUUGUGAAUGGGGAGGAGAGCCACAGCCAGCCUCGCCAUCCCUGCUCUCUGCUAGACGCACAUCCUCCUCCCCAGUGGUAUCCCGAGAGUGUAGAUAUCUGUGUCCCAGCCACAGAAAGAGCCAACACCGUGGCUAGGCUGAGGGAGGAGAAGGUCUCCACACCCCACCUUCUCCCCCUCUCCUUGCCUCUGUUCCCUUUUGUUUUUGGUGAUUCUGACAUUGAGUUUUUUCAGCCUCCUGGCUGUGUGACAGGAGGUUCUACUGUGGGUUACAAGAGGAUAGGCAGCAACUCCCUUCCCAACAGAGCUGCCUUCCUUACCCACCUGUGCUACAAGGGAAGGCCUCAGCUCUCCCUUGGGUCUCCUGUCUCUUGUUGUGUAAAUGUGUCUAUACAGUUGCCGUUUUCUAUAAAAAGAACAAAAUGCU